UUGAAUUUAUUUAAUUUAAUUUGUCUAUAGGUGCUUUUCAUUUAAAUAACUUGUAAAAAUAUGUAUUUAGUAUAACAUGGUGUCCUUAUAUACUUCGUUCUUGUAAUAAUAACAGUUUGUUAAUUCCUUAUUUACACUACAAAGGAAACUGCAUAUUUUGUAAACCAGUUUUUAAUAUUAAGGUCAAUGGUAUCAAAGAUACCCAAUAUUUCACCGCAGAAACACAGUAUAGUUUACAAACAAAGCUUGUAAAAUAUAAAAAAAAGCAAGAUGUCUGAUCCUACUAUUCAAACUUUCUGCUGUCAUCAUACUGGGAGUAAAGAGGAUUUGGCAAUUAGAAUCAUGGAUGAAUUUAACACUGAAUCUUACAAUAUUGUGUGCUUAGUAUCUUCUACAAUAGGUAUAUUAGGGUCGAUUUAUCAGAUUUUUCCAUGUAAAACAUCCAGUCAUUUAGAUGGGAUUCGAAAUAUGACAACAUCUCGAGCAAGAAAUAUCAUAAUUUGGCUAGCUGUUGCUGAUUUGAUGGCAUCAUUGGGAGUUCUUGUGCGCUCAUCACUUUGGUUAAGAUAUAAAAGUAUUAUGCCUUUACCUGAUGAUGAAAUAAGUGUCUUAUUCUGCAGCAUUACUUCUGCAUGGACUCAAUACUUUUAUACAGCAACUUGGUUUUGGACUCUAUUUUAUGCUAUUGAUACAUUACGAACAAUCAAAGGGCGGGAUUCUCAUCCAACACUUUAUCAUUCUAUUGCUUGGGGUGUGCCUGCAGCAACUACUGGUAUUGGUCUAUCUAUUCUCUACAUUCCUAAUGCAAUGUGUCAUAAUUUAAAAACAGUUACAAGUGCUUUUUUAAGAAUUCUACCAAAUUACUGUGCAACUUACGUUCCUAUAGCAAUGGUCAUGAUAGUCAACCCUGUAUUAUACAUAUUGGCUGGUAAAGAAGUGGAGAUGACUGUGGCACUACCACUUGCUCAGUUUACAAGCAAAGAGCGAAGGGUUGUAGACACUUUAAAAUUGAAGUUUUUUCUUAUCAAUGCUGUCUUUUAUGUGUGCUGGUUACCUAACCUUGUGAAUGGUAUAAUGAUAUGGACAAUGUGGUUUAAUAUGCCAGUGAAAAUAAUCAUCUCUGUCUGGUAUAUAAUGGCUUUGAUGAAUCCAAUGCAAGCUUUGCUUAAUGCUUUGGUUUACCGAAGGUGGAAUACAAAUGGUAAAAAAUACAGACCUACAUUUUCAUCCAUACAUAAAGAAUUAAAUUUGCCUGAUGAACUAUCACCUCUCUUGGGUUCAGAACCUCCUCGAAUGCAACUAUCACCUUUACCACCCGGAAUAAAUAAUUAUGCUACUAUGUAAUUGAAAGUGAUUAUUUUAAAAUGAUUCUUAUAUAUUAAGGGAUUUCUUAAGACUGCGUAUUUGAUAUGUUUACAAUUAUAAUAUUUAUGAUGCAAUAAUGGAGCACUUAACCAUUUUUAGUGAGUAAUAAUAUUAUGCAAAUACUGAUGUGUGUUUACUGAAAUAUUUAUGAUAUGUUAAUACAUCAAUUUUUAUAAUAGUGUGAAUAAUGAUUUUUUAUUUAUGUUCUACCAGUUAAAAUAUUGUGGUAUAUUAUUAUUUUUUAAUUACAACUAUUUUCAUAAGCAUAUUAAGAUAAGCAAUCUGCCUUCACAUAUUCAACAGUUCAGUCAAUCAUUUUGGUUGAAAAAACCAAAAAUUUUAAUAUAAUUUUUCUGCACCAUAUAAGAUAUGACAAUAAGUUCCUUUGCAGUGAUGCAUGUUACCAAUACUUUUGGUGGAUUAAUAAUGAUUAUACACCAAUUUUGUAUUUGAAUAAUUUAGAUUUCUAUUGUGCAAUAAACUUAUUUAGGCCCAGUAGGCAAAAGAUAAACUAAAGAUACAUCUUUUCAUGGCUAAGUGUCAUUUUGUUAGUCUUUAAGUUUUCUGAUAGAAUCAAUUGUAAUAGCAGACUGCUGUAACCAGGCCAUUUAUAUUUAUAGCACUAUAUUGUUUUUGUUAAAUAUACAUUUUAUUGUUUCAUCAUUUUUAU